GAGUGGUAGAAAAAAGAGUAAGAAAAAAAAGUAUGUAUAAACAGCGUUUUCCUUUAUUUAGGUAGUUGCCGCGCAAUACUGAGUACUGGAUCGUCCUUCUACUAUAACGCCAUUUCCAUGCUUCCACAAUUCACGGAAGAACGCCAACAGUGAGACUCCCAUCAUCAUAGUUUAAAUAACAGUUAUAUCCCAGAGAAGCUCGGGAAAAUUCUGACAGAAAAUGUUGAAGUUUGAGGAUUUGGCAUUGUGGGUAUUGUUAUCUGCUGCAGCUAUUUCUUCUCCAAUAUCAGUGUGCGCGAAGAAAGCAACGGCAAGGAAAGAGGACAUUCCAUACAUCAAAUGCCAGGUCUGUGAGAUGCUUGCUUAUCAACUCUUCCAUCAAGUUCAGCGAAAGAAAGCAGCAAUCGCACCCAACAAGAUCUCAGAGUACCAGAUAAUUGAGAUUUCAGAGAGCGUCUGUAAUCUAAAGAAACAAGAAGCUGAUUGGAUUCUCAAAAUUGAUAUCGUAGAAGAAGGAGAUAGGUUGGCGCUUAUUGAACAAGAUUCUGAAGGACAAUGCAAUUCAGAAUGCAAAACAGUUGAACGUGCUUGUCAAGAAGUUAUGGACUAUUCUGAUACUGAUGUAGCAGAGUAUUUGUACAACAACCCUGAACUUGAUUCUCUGUUAAAUUUUCUCUGCAAAGAUCUAUCCAAAGCAUGUAGCAGGAUGCCACCCCCUGUUCCUAAGGAUAGGGCACCUGGAGAACCUUUCCUUCCAAAGCCCCCAAAAGAUGCUGAAGUGGAAAAGAUACUAAAAGCUAUGCAGAGUAUGCCUGGAGCGCCCAGCGUGGAAGUGUACUCCCGGGAUGAAUUGAUGAACCAAAACUUUGGUGGUAGUGAUAAUGAUGAUGAGAUCGACCUCUCCUUGGAUUGGGGAAAACCUAUAAAAGAAAAAGGGACUAAGGAGCUAGAUUGGAAGCAGAAGAUUAGCAAAGGGAUAGCGGAUACAGGCCAGAUGCUGAAGAACCAUAUCGCCACGGCUUCUUACAAGUUAAGUGAUUGGUGGAGAGCAAAGAAGGAACAAAUGGAGAAGAAUCACAAGUCUAGUAGUAACGCUGAGCUGUAGUACGUAGUCCACACUUGUCCUGACCAGUCAACACUGUUAUGCAAACCGUAGUUAUUUCACUACAUCAGUGUAGAUUUGAUCUUGGAUAGGAUAUAUAAAAACACACUAAUACUCAAUCAGCUAGCUCCUACUACUUUCUCUAGGAUUUGUAGGGGAAACUGCAAGUGUUUGAAUGAGGAAUUAAACCAUGAAAGAAUAGAAUACUUUACGAAUACGAAUUCCCGGGC